ACCCAGCUCACAACCUGUUUUAUCGGGGAAGGGCCAAAAUCGCUGGGCCGGUUUGCGGGUGGAACGUAAAGGAUAUCCAAGUAUUAACGUCAAAAAGGAGGCAGCAGUUCUUCGGAUUCAAUCGGACCGUUUGGUCCCAGUUUCUGGAUUUAAUGUCAGAGUGAAAAUAAGUGGCUGAAAAAUGGUUUCACUAUAUGGAGCCCUGGUGAUGACAGUGACCUGUCUGACGCUGGUCGCGAGUCAAGGGCUGAGUCGACAAAGCUGUGAUCCCGCCAAGUCACAGGCGUCCAUACAGUCCGGUGCUGAUGCUAUCAUUGGAGGGGUCUUUUCGAUGCAUGAAGAAGGAACAAAUGGAUUUGGCUGUGGAAAGAUUACUUCAGAUAUGCAGGCCUAUGAAGCAAUCCGGUGGGCGCUGGAUCUGAUCAACAAGAAGGACCAGAAGCUGAACGGUGAAAACCUCACCAAUACUUACAUCCCUGGCAUCAAGUUAGGUAUGAACAUCCGUGACUACUGCGGCUGGAGUGAGGGGGCGCUGUCAGCAGCGCAGAACUUCUAUCCCCAGUUCUCCUCCAACUCCCGGGCCUGUAACCAGACAACUUCAGGAAUCACUCUAGGUAUUGUCGGGGCUUCAGACAGCGAUGCAAGUAAGGAAGUAUCCAACUUAGCCCAAAACUUCAACAUCCCUGUGGUGUCCUUCAUGGCCACUGCCCCUGAGCUGAGCAGUGCCCAGCUGUACCCCACCUUCAUGAGGACAAUCCCCCCAGACGGACCACUCAUGGAUGUGCUUAUUGAAGCUAUCAAGAAAUUCAACUGGAAGUAUAUCAGCAUAGUUUACACUGACAACUCUCAUGGCCGCCAGUCUUACGAAGCAAUACGCCCUCGCUUGGUGACUGCUGGUAUCUGUUUGACUGCUGCCAUCUCCACAUCUCCAUCCGACACCCAGGACGUCACCAUCGACGCUGUCUUAGACCGUCUGCUCCUCACUAAGACAGUAGGAGUCCUGUAUUUCGGUACACCCUCAGUAGCGUAUGCUCUCCUUGAGCGAAGCAAUACAGCUGCAUAUGCUAACAUGGGUAAUCUGCAGUGGGUGUUCACAGACAGUAUAUCACUAACCAAACAAUUUGGAACAAAUAAAUACCCUCGUGGAAUUAUUUCCAUUGUACCUACAUCCAGAUAUAUUGUGGAAUUUGAAGAUCACUGGGUAAGAAUAAAUGAAAACAAUCCAUCAGCAGAAAAUCCAUGGUUCCAAGAAUGGUACAGUGAACAGUACGAGUGUUCCUUCCCAACAAUUAACAACGCUCAGUUCCCCACACCCUGCAGCAGCAAAAUCCAAACAGAGAGCCAGAAACGCGAAUCUUUCAUCCAGGACCGAUUUGUAGAACCAGCAGUACAUGCAGUGUAUACCUAUGCUGUUGCUCUCCGUAAUGCACAGAAGGCAAUGUGCGUGGGAGCUGAAGCGAACACGUCAUGCUCUGCCCUCCGCAGCAUGACCUCGAAGACUUUCUUUGAGAACUACCUGAUGAAGGUGAACUUCACGUACGGAAAAGAGGAGCGGGUGCCCAGUCUGGCUUCUGACCAGUACGCACCUUACUUCUCAGCAGCUAAGGUCCGCUACAAUGAAAAUGGUGACAUCGUUAACCCUGCCUAUGAUGUUUGGAACUUCAACGAUGCACCAGUCGGUGGGGAUAGCCCAGGAUUCAAGUUCAGAAGGGUAGGAUCUUGGAUCAAUGGUAUUCUGUCUAUGAACAUGGAUCAAGUGAAGAUGUACGACCUUACUCGUGACAAUGCAGUGACCCCCCUGCCACCUUCUCCCUGCCCACAGGCUGGAUGUACUCCCUGCCUGGGCAUGCCUUCCACCACCAAGUAUCUCUACAUUGAUGGAGACAUCAUCCUCAAUGGCAUCUUCAGUGUGCACAACCCUGGAGAGGGGCAGUACUCCUGUGGAGCAAUGGACCUGAAUGCCCGGUCAGGAGUGCAGUACACGGAAGCCAUGGUCUACGCGUUGAGAGAAGUUCCCCGCAGGUUCAAGGCCGUCAAUCCUCAGUUCCUCAGAGAUGUCAGUCUCGGCGGUCUGGGUAUUGACGACUGUAAGAGCCGAACGCUGUCUAGAAACUUCAUCUCAGAUGUUCAAAGAGGCACACUUGUUGUGAAAGAUUCUGCCGGGAACACUCUAGACCCUCGAAAUGUUGAUGCUUAUGUUGCUGCACACACCUCAGGCUUGACAAUUCCCAUUGCUGACUUGAUGAAUGAUGUGAAGAGGCCAGUGUUGGGGUACUCCAGUGCAUCAAGUGUGUUGUCUGACCGUAGAAAAUACCCCUACUUUCUAAGAGUACAUCCUGGAAUCGAUGAGGAAAUGGCAGCCAUCAUCAAUAUCUUAAAGAAACAGGGCUGGAACUUUGUUCAAACUGUGUAUGUCGAGGGGGAUGCUUUCUCAUUAAAUGGAAAUGAAGUGUUCAAGAAAAUGGCAGCUGCACAUCGUAUUUGUGUUGUCGCAAGUCACAGUUACGGAAGUGAUAUCUUCACCCGUCUCCGAACCCGACCAAUGGUCAAACCAGUUCUCGUCAUUGCUCAUGAAAGUCAGUACAGAGGCUUGCUUGAAAACAUGAUCAGUUCAAAUGCAACUGGAGAGUUUGUCAUCCUUGCUAAUUCUCCAUUUGGGAGGAAACAGAAAUUGGUUCGAGGUUUGGAGGAAGCUGCUGAUGGUGUCAUCUCACUUAAAUGGCGUGUCCCUGACCUGACAUUUUUCAGCACCUACCUCAGCAGUCUGAGAGUAGAUAGUAACCAGCGAAACCCUUGGUUCACUGAAUGGUAUGAGAACUUGUUUGACUGUUACAUCGGACCUCAAAAUCCUAACGGAAAAGCAGCGCUAUGUGCAGAUCGCAACACACCUAUUACUCAAGCACCAACUUUUGAGCUUACUGAAGAAAGCAUCUUUGUGAUCAACUCAGUGUAUGCAGUAGCUACUGGACUCCAUUCAACCUUGACAGAAUACUGCGGUCCCAACUACAGUGGCGUAUUGCGGCAACUUCACAAGCUCAGGAACACGCGGAAACCGUUUGUUGAGAAUAUCCGAGCUGCAAGGUUCAGUCUUCAAGGAUCAAACCCACCAACAGACUUUGCAUUCAUUGGCUAUGAGGGUAACGUCAUGAUCGACGUGUACAACUACCGACGGAACAUUGGCUAUAUGCUUAUGGGAGAAUUCAAUCCAGAGACAUAUGGCUACACUGAGAGCAUCAGUGCCCUGUUGAAUGGAGGAAUGGUCCCUUCCAGUGCUAUGUCCAUGUGUCCUGGGACCUGCAUUGAAUGUCUGUACAUCUACCAGGAAAUGAAGUACCAGUAUAUUGACGGUGACAUCAUCAUCCCUGCCAUUUUCGAUAUCCACAUGGGAGGUCUGACACGUUUCACUUGUGGAAAGAUGCGUGUACACAAUGGAUUUCAGUACACGGAAGCCUUCGCCUAUGCCCUCCAGCUGAUCAACAGUGGGUCCAUGUUCAACAAUGUCCGCCUGGGCGGUCUACUGUUGGAUAGCUGCAGCAGCCCCUCAAGGUCCAAGGCUUUAGUCAACAACAUCUACUCUGGUCAGCUGAUGCUACAGGACAGCAACAUGAUGAACAUCAGGACCCAGGACUUUCUGUCCUGGAUGAGUUAUGACAGCAAGAGCACCAUUGAGGUCUCGGAUAUCCUUAGCCGCAUUGGUGUUCCCAUCGUCAGCCCUGCAGCUACAGCACCUCUGCUGAAUACCAAGGAACGGUUUUCCACUUUCUUCCGUACAGUCAAAUCUGAUAUGCAUGUUGCAAAAGCCAUGGCCAAGCUUACGAAGCAGUUAGGGUUUAAUUACGUCAUCACUCUGAACGCACCUGAUUUCAGCAGUAGAGAGUCAAGGGACGAAUUCCGUAAACUUGCUAACGAUGAAGGUGUGUGCCUCCUCGCUUCCUAUGAGUUCGAUACUGAUGGCAGUAUGGAGUUAAUCCUCAGAUCAAUAAAUGAAUCCACAACACAAGUUGUUGUUGUAUUCACAGAACCAGAUUCCUACAUUUCUGAACUGCUCCGUGCAAAACAAAGAUUAUAUCCGACCAACCAUUUCGUUUUCAUCGCAAACAGACGCUGGACCCUCCCGUCUGAUAUCACUCGACUGCAGCUGACUAUCAAUCAAACAGUCCUCAACUCUAUAACAUUCAACUUCAAUUCUCCCCCCAGUGCCUGCGUUCACGACCUACCUUGGAAGUAGAGGCCUACUAUGACUAACCCCAAUCCUUGGUUCAGAGAGUACUAUGAGGAACGCUAUCAAUGCAACCUACCCGGAACAUUCCGCUUCAAUGUUAACUGUGGCCAGAAUUACGCCAGUGUUACACAAUCUGAUUUCGUCCAAGACCUGCGAGUCUUGUCGACCAUGAACGCUGUAUACGCUAUUGCUGAAGGAGUAAAGCGUACACUUGAGGAGAAGUGUGGCAGCCAGCCUGGCGUCUGUAGGAACUUCACUAACAGUGCUGAUACAUACGAGAAAAUCAUGGCAUAUAUGGAUGCUAUGAACUUCACCGAUGUGGUGGGUGACUUCUUCCGCUUUAUCAACAGAGAGGCAGAUCGAGGGUACACCAUUCAGCAGUUCCUGGAAGAUGGUUCUCAGGUUCAGGUGGGGUCCUACAAUGGCACAAGUCUCUCUCUGGUGGAUGAACGGAAUCUUCAGUUAAAGUUCCGUUCAGUGAAGUCAGCAUGCGACUCAACCUGUCUUGCGUGCCAGAGGUCGGCCAACAACUUUGAUGAUUUCACCUACAUCAAUGGCGUCUUCAACCUUGUUGGUUUGUUUGAUGUACACAAGAAAGGUGCCACACCCUUCACGUGUGGAGACAUCAACACGAAACACGGCUUUGAGCUCCUGGAAGCAUUCAACUAUGCUGUUGAGUAUGUCAACAAGAAGCAAGGAAUCUUUGAAGGCAAGCUCACUGGGAUUGGUAUUGGCGCCAUCGGUCUGGAUGUCUGUCAGAGCCCAACACGUGCUGCCAAUCUUGUAGCCAACAUCCACAGCGGCAAUAUUAAUCUGAAGAAGGAUGGUGAAACCAUCAACCCCAAAAACUUUGAUGUUUAUAUUGGCACAUUUGAAACCAAGGCAUCAAUCAGAGUUGCUGACGUUCUCAACAGUCUGUCCAUCCCUCAGAUCAGUUAUGGGGCAACCAGCUUGGAGCUCCGGGAUUCCCGGUCUCAUCGGUACUUUCUGCGUACGGUUCCAGCUGAUGAUAAACAAGCCAGAGCCAUCAUCUCCUACUUGAAGAGGUUUAAGAUUGACAAUGUUCAGGUGAUCAGCACAUUUGACAGUGUAGGUGAAAAGGGUAAAGAUGAGUUCCUGCGUCUUGCAUACUUGAAUCGUAUCUGCGUGUCACAAAACAUUAUCAUAGGUAGGAACGGUACUGUGUUCCGGUCUGAAGCAUCCAUGACACUUGAAAAGAUAGCGGGAAACAUUAAUGCGAAGGUGGUCAUACUGUUUGUAGAUGAUCCACGUGCUAUCCUCUUAGCUGCAGAAGAUGAUGACAAGAUUCGAGGAAAUUAUUUUUUUAUCGGGACAGACAAGUGGGGCAUGGAUAUUGACCUCCUGGAUGGGCUUGACAGACUGAUUCAGGACAGGAAAGCUGUGACGUUUGAUGUGGAAACAGCAGAUUUGCCUGGGUUUGAUCAGUACCUGGAAUCAAAGACCCCUUCCAAUAGCAAAGACAAUCCAUGGUUUGAUGAAUUCUUCCAGGAGAUUCAUGACUGCUACCUCAACAACCCAACAUCAGAGUUUUCCAAGCCUUGUACUGCAAGUAAUCGUGGCAUCCCCCGAGCUAACGGCUACAUACAGGAUCCGUAUGUUCUCUAUGUGGUGAAUGCAGUGUUUUCAGCAGCUCUGGGGAUCCAUUAUGCUGUGGCCGAGGUGUGCGGUGCUGACUACGGCUUUGCUUGCAACCUCUUCAGGAACAGCGGUGAGAGGAGACAGAGGAUCUACCGCAAUAUCAAACAGAAUGCAAGAUUUGAGGAUGCCACAAGGCAACCGUUCUAUUUCACAAAUGGAGGGGAGAGUGACCGCGGCUAUCACAUCUAUGAGCCAGUCCGCAACCCUGUAGGGCCGGGAUAUGUCUAUAAGAACGUGGGCAGUUAUAAUGACACUCAUUAUCUGAAGUUGGACAUCCGCUAUGAAAUCACUGAAAGAUCCGUCUGUCAACCAGAGGGAGUGUGUCAGUGUGUCUUCCCAGACUACCAACCAUCUCGAUACAUGUUGAGAGAUAAUCAGAAUGAUUUAAAUCUUGUCUACGUCGCAGAUAUACACUCCAAUGAUCCGAAGAACUUAUUCGGCUGCGGUGCCAUCAACACUGGCUUCCAGUUCCAGAAUCUCAUGGCUUUCUUCUACGCUAUCGAGUCAGUGAACAACAACACGAACCGACGCUUCCCAACAUCACUUCAGCUUGGAGGCCUGGCUCUGGAUACCUGCGACCAGCAGUAUCGACUUGGGCAGGACCUCUACAGCUUGAUGAGUGGAGAGGGCCUUUGUGGAACAGGUCAGCAAGGACAAGUUAUCCCCCCUUCAACAAUUGUGGCCUUUAUUGCCGAUGGCAGCUCAACAGCUCUCCCGGUCAGCAGUAUGUUGUCCCCACUGAAUGUUACAACUUUGAGUCAGAGCGCGACAACUGUUGAGUUGAGCAAUGAACAGUUCCACCCCUACUUCCUGAGGACCGUUCCUCCAGAUAACAUUCAAGCUAUUGUCAUGCUACAGAUUAUGAAGCAGUUCAACUGGGACUAUGCCAGUGUUGUCUAUUCAACUAUACCAUAUGGAAUCGCAGCUAAGGAUACUCUUCUCCAGCAAGCCAAUGCUGUAGGAUCAACUGCCUGUAUCUCUGCCCUCGAGGGCCUGAAGGUGGGAGCCACCUUGACAGAUGCAGAGCGUAUCCUUGACAAGCUUAGUCAACAGGUUGGGUCAAGGGUGGUCAUUCUGUUCACAACCCCUGAGCACUCACGUCUCCUUCUACAGGCCACAAGGUCCAAGGGCCUCGCCGGACGGUUCAUCUGGCUGGCUAGUGAUUACUGGGCCAACAGUCAGUUUAUUGUAAACGGGUACGAAGCCGAGGCUAGUGGUGCUGUCACAAUGCAGAUCCGGUCAGAGGAAGUCCAAGCCUUUAAGACAUUUAUGAAGUCCUUGACCUUAAAUAACCGUCAUGGAAUUCCCGAUGACUGGUUCGAAGAGCUGUACCAGACUCUCCACAAGUGUCGUCUGCUCAGUGCUACUUUGAAGAAGGAUUACUCCAGCAUCUGUACCGGGCAGGAGAGGAUCACAGAUGACAUGAUUCCCAGUGAUCCCUUCAUCCUCCAUACCAUCAUCUCUGUGUACAUCACUGCCUAUGGACUGAACAACCUGGAAGAGUGUCGCAAUCUUCCCCAGCUCAGCAUCUCGGCCUGCUUGGCUCUCCAGGAGGAUCGGAGAAGGCAGCUGAUCUACAAUAGCAUCCUCAACUCUCAGCUGACAGUGCCAGCCCGGGAACUAAGUGGGACUUCCUUCAGCUUCAAGUUUACAGAAGGGAGGUACGGUGACGUCGGCUAUGACGUCCUCAACUACUACCGGGAUGCUGGUGUCAAGAGGUACAACUACAACAAGAUUGGGUCUUACCAAGGUGUGUUGACCCUUGACAAAAGUAAAUACACUGGGUCUGGUAUCCUGGAUACCAGCGGAGUUGUGCCACUGUCCCGGUGCCCAGCUGGGAACCCUUGUACCUGCCUCAACCAGGAUGGUGUUGGCACCCACAUCUACGCCCGCCAGGCAUCCACCAGCUCCACCUCCUACACCAGCGCCAUCUACAUCCUGAAGGAGGAUGGCAACUACUACAACUCCCUCACUGACCAGCUGGUGGAGGUCAGCAAAGUGCCCACUGUGGUCGGGCGUUUCACUGACAUCUGGGCAAUCAUUGUGGCAACACUUGCAGCAAUUGGGUGCUUCAUUGCGGCAUGCAUGUUCAUAUACCUCCUGGUCGUCUACCCGAACCGUGGCGGCACAUCCAUCCUCGGCUACACCCUAUGUUUUGGCAUCAUCCUUCUCUACGCUCUUGUCUUCGCCUUCAUAGCUCACGCCAACCCGGAGAUCUGUGGGCUGAGGAGGUUUAGUCUUGGCUUCGUGUAUGCAUUAUGCUAUGGUUCCUUGUUUGUGAAGUUGCUGGACUGCUGGAGAACUCAGGACAAGGAGGAGAUGGACAACGUGAAAUAUAACAAGCUAGGUCGCCCGUGUGGACUGUUCCUGGUGGUGGUCCUCCUCGUCCUUGUCCAGGUCAUCAUCAAUGCAGAAUGGCUGAUCCUCGUUCCUCCAGAAACCGUUCAUGUCCUCUACAACAACCAGCUAUGGCCCAGAUGCACUCCAAAUGACUUUUACGAUGAGAGCCUCGUCUUGUCUCUCGUUUAUAUCAUGCUCCUUAUAGCUCUGUCUGUUAUAUUUGGCUUUGCAACAUUCAAAAAGUCCAAGAAUCAUUACGAGUCUCGCUGGAUCCUGGGUAUUGCAGUGCUUAGCAUCCCAUGUUGGGUGAUCUGGUGUCUGGUUGCGUCCAUCGGUGUGUACAAGGUGCGUGAUGCUGCUGUGGCGGUGGGGCUCCUCAUCAAUGCGACGUUCAUGCUGCUGCUAGGUCCCCUGAGGAAGCUGUAUCUGCUCAACAAAUACCAGACCUUGAUUGAAGAGGAAGAAAAAGAAUACCUGGCCAGUCACAGACAAGAGUAUGCCUCGUAUGGCCGACAGUAUGACAACGUCGGCAGAUUCCAUGAGGGGUCAAUACAUGGUAGCUCACAUGGCAGCACGUACCCACGACAGAAAUAUGCUGCUAGUCUGAAUGGAACACAGCGGUCAACAGGCUCUGCAUAUAACCCAUACGCUGACCCCAACCAUAGAGAGGAGAGAGAGAUUCAGCAUUGGUUCUGUAGUCAUGUAGUUGUCAUCUUGUAACAUUUCAUCACUUGGUAUUUCAGAGGAGAGAGAGAUUCAGCAUUGGUUCUGUAGUCAUGUAGUUGUCAUCUUGUAACAUUUCAUCACUUGGUAUUUCAGAGGAGAGAGAUUCAGCAUUGGUUCUGUAGUCAUGUAGUUGUCAUCUUGUAACAUUUCAUCACUUGGUAUUUCAGAGGAGAGAGAGAUUCAGCAUUGGUUCUGUAGUCAUGUAGUUGUCAUCUUGUAACAUUUCAUCACUUGGUAUUUCAGAGGAGAGAGAUUCAGCAUCAGUUC